AUGUUUCCAUGGUAUUUGCUGGUUAUCACAGGAGCCCUAAUGGCUUGUGUGGGUUAUGUUUUUAGCAGAAUCACGGAGAAAUUGCGGACAAAACAUCAUCAAGUGCCACCGCCCAUGUGUAGAGGGUGGAUUCCAUGGUUGGGCUGCGCUGUGGAGUUUGGAAAAAGUCCCCUCACGUUUAUUGAGGCCAAGAGGCGAGAGUUGGGACCAGUAUUUACCCUGCAAGUUGCUGGGGAGCGCAUGACGUUUCUGACCCAACCUGCAGAUUUCCAGCUGUUCUUCCAGUCUCCAAGUGUAGAUUUUCAAAAAGCUGUACAGAAUGCUGUGCAGAAUGUCGGAUCUGUGCCCCCUGAGGCUUUCUUCAGCAACCACACAAAAAUCCACGACACCCUGAAAGGAUUUCUUGCUGCCACCAAUUUAUCAGAUCUGACACAAAGUCUGUUUCAGGAAUUCAAGAAGCAUCUUUCGGAAGUCCACAGACUGAAUGAAGCAACAAAAUCAACCAGUCCAGACCUGUUGCAGCUGGUGCGGAGGUCCAUGUAUAAGUCGGUGAUUAGCAAUUUGUUUGGAAGCUGUGUCCUUCCUGUGGAGCAAGAGGAGACCUACCAGGAAUUCGAAACAAAUUUUAUAAUAUUUGAUGAGCAAUUUGAAUUUGGAGCUCGGCUGCCUCAUGUAUUUCUCAG